AUGAAUCUCCCGAUGGCGUCGGAAGACGAUCGGCAAGUCGCACAGGAGCUCGGGCUCCUCCUACGGGGCACCGGGGAGGGAAAUGUGCCGUUUUCUCAGACUCGUUACGAGCAAGUGUCUAUAUCGGGGACGACUGGGGGGCUGGGAGACGGCUCUGCAGCGUCAGCAGGCGCAUCGUUAGCAGCGCAGUAUGGGAUGCGAGACCAGCAGGGGGCUGGGGGGGGCGCUAUGGCGGGCGGAAUGGCAGGCGGAAUGGCAGGCCCGGAGGGUUUUGGCGGUGCGCCUGCGGCGGGGGGAUAUGGCGGGCGGGACUACCCCCACAGGAGCGAUACUUACCGCCUGGCGCAACGGUUACAGUCUUCCGCCGCGCUAGGGCUCGGCGGAGAGGGUGCGCCGAAGUUCCCCGGCGGCGGAGAAGGCGCGGAAAGCGGGGGAGGGGGGUAUGCGCAAGGGGGCGCGGGGGGGUAUGAUAUCCGCGCGGGGCUCGGUCAAGACGGCAGCGCGGGGGUGUUUGGGGAGGAUGGCGCGGGGAUGGGCUCGCUACGACCGUUCGAUGACGGACAUGGGCUGCGAACGGGGCGAUCCUCGUCGUCCAAUCUGUUGUUUCCGCCCUCCACGCUCCCCACUCAUCGAGAAGAGAUGGAGAGUCUGUUAGAGGAUGUGCUUACUUCGGGGGGACAGGACAACGGCGACGGGAUCUUGAUCUAUUCUUCCGCGCCUUACCUUCCGCGCCCCUCUUCCCCGUUCCCGGCUCUGCAGGAGGACUUUCCCCGCACGCCCUCCCCCAUCUUCGCGCUUCAGCGCGCAGCCAGCCGCUCAGGCGCGGACGAUUCCGCGGACGCCGCCACCGCCGCCGCCGCCGCUGCUGCCGCCGCCGCGGUACCGUCUUUCCUCAGCGCUUCCGCCAAUGACCUUCCGCGGCGCCCGCGCUCGUCUCUGCAGCUUGACGACGCGCACAGGCACGAGCUCGCGCUGCUCACCGCGGGGCUGCAGGCGGGCGGAGGCGCAGGCGGAGGGGGGGGAAGGGGCGCGGGGAACACGCGCGGAGGGGGCGCGAGUAGCGUUCCGCCGCUCCUUGGCGCAGGGUCGCGUUCGGGGACUCCGCUUAUCCCCCCCGGAUUGGUCGCGGGGAGGGUUAGUCCGGGGCUGGCGAUGCAGCUAGCAGCGGCCCAGGCAGCUUCGGCUGCCAAACCUGCCGGUCUGCCUCGGGCGCAGUCCCCAGCCUUUGGAGUAGGUCUGGGUUUGGGCGGUGGGGAGGGAGGGUUGGGGGGAGCGGGCGGAGGGGGAAGGGGAGGGGCUGGCCCGGGGGUGUUUGCGCGGGCGGCUAGUCCUGGGAUGAUGGGCGGGCAGGGGGAAGGGGGAAUGGGACAGGCUAGCGCUGCUGAGCUGGCAUCGGCGAUUGAAGGACUGCGAUUGGCGGAAGGGCAGCAGCAACAGCAGCAGCAGCAGCAGAUGCAGAUGCAGCAGCAACUUCAGCAGCAGUAUCAGCAGCAGCAGCAAAUGGGGCAGCAGCAGCAGCAGCAGUUUCAGCAGCAACAGCAACAGCAGCAGCAGCAACAGGAGAAAGAUCAGCAGCAGCACUUAUUGCAGCAGCAUCAGCAGCAACAGCAGAACAUGGGUCAAGGGGCUCCGCAUUGGUCACACCUCCCCACCGCACUCCACCCAGCGUAUCUCCAAUACCUCCCCCCUUCCUCUGCAACCAACCCCACCUCCGCCGCCGCCGCCGCCGCCGCCGCCGCCGCCGCAGCAGGCGCAGCAUCGUUCGUGGUAGGAUCGCCCCCUUACCCAGCCUUCCUACACGAAUCUCUCCCCCUUCCGCCGGGUUCCGCCAGUUCCGCCGGUUCCCCCUUCCUCCCCCCGCACCUUGCUGGCGUAUCAGGCGCGCCUGGCUUCCCCCACGGGCUCCCUGGCGCGGGGGCGCUUCCCCCUGGCGGGGGAGGCUUACCCGGGGGAGGUUUAUCUGGAGGGGCUCCGAACGGGUUUUAUCUGUCAGGAGGUGCAGGUGGGGGUGGUGGUGGUGGUGGUGGCGCUGCUGCUACUGCAGGAGCGGAUGGUGGCGAUGGUGGUGGGGGUACUGUUUCACUAGACGCCAACGCGCAGCACUAUCUGCCAAGCGAAGCCGCCCAGUUCGCCGCCGGCGGUGCUGGUGGUGGGGCUUCCGGCCCAGCUGGCAUGAACAGUGGCAUUGGGCAGUCAGUGAGUGCGGGCGGCGGGGUGAGGCGGAUCGGGGUGGCAGCAUCAGGGGAAGGUACAACUGCCGGUUUGGGCACGGGUAGUGGUGGUAACACUGGUGCUAAUAUGGGGGGUGCUAAUAUGGGGGGUGCUAAUAUGGGGAGUGCUGUUGAUGCAAUGUUACCCCUGGAAGUGCAGCACCUACUAGCCAUGCACCCACAGUACAGAGCGCAGAUUCUCGCAGUUUUAUCUGGGCUGGGCGUAUCUGGGGGCGGGGGAGGCUUAUCUGGUGCAGGGUUUACUGGAGGAGGAGGUAUGGGUGGGGGUAUGACUGGUGGCGGCAGUGGUGGUGGUGGGAAUGGUGGUGGGGGCACUAGUGCUAGUGGGCUUGCUGCUGCUGCGGCAGCAGUAGGAGGAAUGGGCAUGGGUAUGAACUUGGGUAUGGGGAUGGGAAUGGGUAUGGGUAUGGGUAUGGGGUCGGGUCCCUCUGCUUAUCUCCCCGGGGGCAGCCAGCCAAUGGGGAUCCCUGCUGACGUGGCACGAUCUCGCGGCGCGGGUUUGCCAGCUGGCGCUCCGCACGGUGGCAACAGCAACAACCCUCCGAUGUACUAUGGAAGCCCUCCAGGAAGCUUCCUCCCUGUGAUGCCCUACCCGCCUUUAUCUCCUGCUGGUGGUGGUGGGGGAGGAACGGGCGGAGGAGUGGUGCCAGGUGGCAUGUUGCCACAUCAGCAGGGCAGCAUGCUGAGUCAGCACCACCAGCACGGACACCACGCGAAUCUGUACGAAUCGAUCCUAUUGGCUGAAGGAGGGCUGGGGGGUAUGGGGGGAGGAAUGGGGCCAGCUGGGGUUGGGGGCGGGGCAAGCAUGAUGGGCGGAGGGGCAGGGGGAGGCGGAGGAGGCGGGGGGAAGGGCGGAGGUUACGCCAUGGGUGGAAUUGGCGGUGUGGGGGGAGCAGGCGGGGGUGCAGGGGCAGGGGGUAGCGGGAGGAGGGAGGAGAAAGGGGGAGGUGGGGGACUGAGGGGCUCGCCUGGGGGAGGGGGCGGGGUAAGAGGCCAUUCAAUGCAUCAGCAUCAGCAUCAGCAUCAGCAUCAGCACCAUCACCAGCAGCAGCAGCAUCACCACCAUUCAUCCCACCUGGCUGAAUCUGAACGAAUGGGUGGCGGAGGGGGGGGCGGAGGGGGAGGCGGCGGGGGAGGAGGCGGAGGCGGGAGCAGAGGGGGCGGUAACGGCGGUGGGGGAGGAGGCGGAGGAGGAGGAGGCGGAGGAGGGGGAGGAGCGGGAGGGGGAGGGGGAGGAGGAGCGGGGAGUUUCUUGGAGGAGUUUAAGGCGAACAAGACGAGGCGCUAUGAGCUGUGCGAUAUUGCCGGGCACGUGGUGGAGUUCAGUGCGGACCAGCACGGGUCACGGUUCAUCCAGCAGAAGCUCGAGAUGGCCACGGAUGCAGAGAAAGAGCUGGUGUUCUGUGAGGUGCUGCCGCGCGCUCUCUCUCUUAUGACGGACGUGUUUGGGAACUACGUGAUUCAGAAGUUUUUCGAGCAUGGGCUGGACUCGCACAGGGCAGCACUGGCAGCGGAGCUGAAAGGGCAUGUGCUGGCGCUGGGGCUUCAGAUGUAUGGGUGCCGGGUCAUUCAGAAGGCACUGGAGGUUCUGCCACUGCCGCAGCAACUUGAAAUCAUAGCCGAACUUGAGGGAAGUGUGAUGCGGUGCGUGCGGGAUCAGAAUGGCAACCACGUCAUUCAGAAGUGCAUCGAGUGUGUGCCGCCCGCCCACAUCGCCUCCAUCGUCAACAGCUUCUACGGCCAAGUCGUGGCUCUGUCUACCCACCCCUACGGGUGCCGGGUUAUCCAGCGAGUGUUGGAGCAUUGCACGGAGGAGCAGAAGCAGAGGGGCGUGAUGGAUGAGAUCAUGCGGUCUACCUGUGCGCUGGCCCAGGACCAGUACGGCAACUACGUGGUGCAGCACGUGUUGGAGCAUGGGAGUGAGGACGAGAGGAACGUGAUUAUAACGAAGCUGGCGGGGCAGAUAGUGACAAUGAGCCAGCACAAGUUCGCGUCCAACGUGAUUGAGAAAUGUCUGCAGUACGGCGGGCCGGCACAGAAGCAGCUGCUCUUAUCUGAAAUGCUGGGGAGGACAGACGAGAACGAGCCGCUGCAGGCAAUGAUGAAGGAUCAGUUUGGUAACUAUGUGGUGCAGAAGGUCCUCGAGACGUGCAGCGAGGGGCAGAGGGAGAUGGUGCUGGGCCGCAUUCGUGUGCAUCUGCACACCCUCAAGAAGUUCACCUACGGGAAGCACAUUGUGGCUCGUGUUGAGAAACUGCUGGCAGCUGGAGGCCGCAUGCAAUCUCGGGCGGAGAGAGAGCGGGUGAUGGCACCCUCGUAUGCGGGUCCAGCUGGGGGAGGUUUUACUGGCGCAGGCUUUUCCGGUGGAGGGAACGUUGCAGGGAUGGGUUCAAGGUCUGGCGGCUCGGCUUCUAAUGGUGCAGGAGGGGCGGCAGGACAGGCUGGCGGCAUGAUGAACUCCUCUGUGGUUGGUUGA